UAACGUAUGAAAUUUCCAGAGUUAAUAAUAAAAUUAAAAAAAAAAUCUUGACUGAAGCAACUUGUAAAUACCGUAAUUUCCAUCCUACAGAGCGCACGGGAUUAUCUCGUAAAUCUCACCAAACACAUUUGUAAAGCAAAUACCAUUUGGUACAUACAUAAGCCGCACCUGUGUAAAAGCCGCAAGUGCCCCCAUUGAAACCCACAUUCUAACACGAGAUAUUUACAAAGAAAGACGGUACACAGAGACUUUUCAAAGUUUUAAUACUUUAUCUUAAUUUAACAUAGCAUCAACACAGUAGCACGAACAGGGCAGGUUGGAAAAAAAAAAAGGAAAAAAAAAAACCAGCCCCGGCAGCUACACAGUAACACGGAAGCGCAACACUAUCAGAGGUGGUUAAAAAAAAACAUACCUCAAUCACUGGAACGUGGCAGUUACACAUCAGAAACACGUUAGCGCGGCGCUAACAGGGCCAGUUAAAAAAAAACAUACCUGUAAAAAUCACUGAGACACGGCAGUAACGCAGCACCAACACGCUAGCACAGCGCUAACAGGGCAGGUUAAAAAAAAAAACAUACCGGUAAAACUCACUGAGACACAGCAGUAACAGCAGCAAUGCGCUAACACAGCGGUAAUGCUAGCGCAGUGCUAACAGGGCCGGUCUUGGAAAAAAAAAAACAUACCGGUAAAAGUCACUUCCUCGGCACAUAUAUUCCACUGGUCUCGCUCUUACUUUUCUGCUUGAGUGCCCCCUUGCAGCCAUUAGAAAAAAUGCACAAAUGAGCAGCAUCACCGCAUAACUAUUGAAAGAAAAAAGUCACGGUUUUUAGGCCGGGAAUUACGGUAUAUAGAUUUUUUUAUAAGAAACAUGCUAUGAGGCCUUAUGUUGUCCACCAAUAUCUGUACUGCAUUGUGUUCAGAGGUAGGGGCUUUUCAAAACGCAUUCCAAAAAUGUAGUAAUUUGUCUUUACAUAAAGCUGUGUCAUCUUAUAGUACCUGAGAACACUAUGGCUUUGCAAUAACUACACUUAUAUUGAGCUGCAUUACAGAGGUUAGACUGUAUGCUUAAAGUAAAAUCUUUUUGUUAUGGUGUUUUUUUCAGAUGCAAAUAUGACUUGCACUGCACCUUAAUGAGGACAUAUUUUUCCAAACCAUUCUUUUCUAGUAUUUGGGAUGUAAGAGUCUCUUGACAUGAAAUAUGAAUGAUCAGAAUCAGAAUCUGCUUGAAUGGACGAGUAAGUAACAACACACAAGGAAUUUGUUUCUGGCGGUCGGUGCCGCCUUGUUACGACAGAGUGCGUCAACCCUCCACGUUGUUAACUUUAUACAGUGUGCCCUUACCUGUUCGUGGUUCACCAUUAUAGACCAGUGCUAUGACAAUUGUGGAAAAGGUGUAGUUUAAAGUCACAAAUCGUGUGAUUCGCCACAGUGUAUAUCACUAAUACUAAUACUGAUUGGACCAGCAGAGUGUGAAGGUGUGUCCCAAAAACAGUGCAAGGCAGAAAACAGUAGCUUGGCUGAUCAGGAAUUUAUUUUCAUCGCAGGAGGGAAAACUGUGUGAAUGCCUGGUAACUUUGAUUUGCAUUGAUUGGUAACACCUACCCGACGGAAGGAGCUGGAAGUCCAUUAUCCAUGCAUUCCUGAGUUCCAGAAUUUUUGUUGCUGAGAGGGCUGAAAUCAGAGUCAACCAAUCAGAGGAAAGGGAGCUGUGAUGGCCAAAUAAGUACAAAACGGAUACAAAACUGGGUCAAACAGAAGUAGCUGUCAAAGCGGCCUUUUCUGGACACUCGUAUCACAAAACCAAGUGUCUGUCUUAGUAUGGGGAUGGGAUAUCGGACGGCUGCCGAUAGCACUGUGGGCAAGCGAAAGUAUCAGAUCCAAAACGGACCAUGCAGCUACACCUUUCUGCUGCCUGAGCAAGAGAACUGCCAAACCCCGAGCAGCAGCUACAAUUAUCCAGCUCAAAAGGAUGGGCCCAGAGACCUUGACGAGUCAGCGCACAGGCUGGAACAGCUGGAGAUGGUCAUGGAAAACAACACACAGUGGCUACUUAAGCUACAGAAUUACAUCCAGGAGAGCAUGAAGCAGGACAUGGUCCAAAUCCAGCAGAGUGCAGUCCAAAAUCACACGGCUACAAUGAUUGAAAUAGGGACAAACCUGCUCAGUCAAACUGCAGAGCAAUCACGGAAACUAACUAAUGUGGAGGCACAGGUAAUUAAUCACACAACUCGACUUGAGCGGCAGCUGCUUGAGAAUUCUUUGUCGACCAACAAGCUGGAAAAGCAAGUUAUCGUACAAACAAAUGAAAUAAAUAAGCUGAAUGACAAAAACAGCUUGCUGGAAAAGAAAGUAAAAGAGUUGGAAGAGCAGAGGCAGGUGGAGCAGAAGAUGCUUCGAGUGGAAAAGGACCAACUGCAGACUUUAAUACAGAGGCAGACAGCCAUCAUUGGUGAGCUGGAGCAACAGUUGCUCAGGGUGUCAUCCAACAACAGUGUCCUACAGCAUCAGCAACAGGAGCUCCUGGAUACAGUCAACCACCUCAUUCACACCUUCUCAAUUGGCUCAGCAGAGACUAAACCUGCCAUGAUGCAGGAUACCCCUUCCACAUACAUGGACUGUGCUGCUGUAUUCAAGUCAGGAAACACAAAGAGUGGGCUCUAUACUCUCACUUUACCCAAUACUACAGUGGAGGUUAAGGCUUUCUGUGACAUGGAGACAGAGGCAGGUGGCUGGACAGUGCUACAAAAACGCUUUGAUGGCAGUGUUGACUUUCACCGUACGUGGCAAGAAUACAAAAAGGGUUUUGGAGAUCCUUCAGGUGAAUUCUGGUUAGGAAAUGAAUUUGUAUCCAGGCUGACAAGUCAACAUUCCUACAGCCUAAGGAUCCAAUUGAUUGACUGGGAAGGGAACUCUGCAUUCUCCCAGUAUGACCAGUUCUCACUUGACAGUGAAGGACAAAACUACAAGAUACACCUUAAAGGCUACAGUGGAACAGCAGGCAAAAUAAGCAGCAUCGGUCAGCCAGGAAGUGAUUUCAGUACAAAGGAUGCAGACAAUGACAAAUGCGUUUGUAAAUGCUCACAACUGACAACAGGAGGUUGGUGGUUUGAUGCUUGUGGGCCAUCUAAUUUAAAUGGCAUGUAUUACCAGCGAGGCCAAAACUCCAAUCGCUUCAAUGGUAUCAAAUGGUACUACUGGAAAGGCUCGGGAUAUUCACUAAAAGCCACAUAUAUGAUGAUUAGGCCAGCAGACUUCUAAGUUUAACCAUUUUAAGUCCAAAGCACCUCAUGACAUUCCUGAAAAGACUAAUGGGGAAACUAGUAAUUGGUUAAUAAACUAAUUUUCAUGAUCUGAAUCGAAAACUGUCAAAAUUAAGUACGUCGCACACUGAGUAAUGUGACCAAAUGUGACGUUACCUUUGCGCAGUGUUCAAGUUUCUGCAACCAGUGUUAAUGAGUGGGCAGCUGUCGGUCACUUGUUUUGCUGAAAUUUGACAUGUGUGUGUGUAAUACUGUACACACACACUGUAAGUAAUUCUGCACAUUACAUAGCAACACCGGCCAUCUGCUUCGUCCUUGACAACGGCGCCAUUUUGUUUGUUGUCCAAUAAAAAUAAUUUACUACAGUAUAUGUGGCGCCUCAAAAUGUGGUUUUCCAAUAAGAACACCAGGGACUGCAGUGUUUCUGUUGCAACGAUUGGUAUGUGUGCGAGGGCCAAUCGCCAGCUGUGUGGGUCUCAGUCCCUGACUGUAAUUUGAUCACAAUUGUCCAGUUCAAUCACAUUUGGCCACGUCACUGUGUGCGCGGUGGGUCAAACAUAGAAAAGAAAAUGUGGGAAGAAUGAACAAUUUUGUCAAUUAUAAAUCACACGAAAUUUAACGUGUGGUAAAUGUGUAGAGUUACUCAAUAAUGUGAUUUUAACUUGUCAGUGCCACGGUGGCCAAUGACACUUCCCAGAAAUGGAGGCUGUGGUACAACAAUGACAUUAGUGGAAAAACAAUUGGCUCUUUAUAUUUAUUAUCACUUGCUCUACAUAUAUUUUUGCUGGAGACAUCAAAAAAGCUAGUUAUAAAUUACCCUGAGAAUCUUAGUUCACAUAUAAUUUCUUGUGGAGAAUGUAUUCACUACAGUACUGUACAUUUUUGUUUUAUUUAUGUGGAAUAUUAUUUGGGGAUUUAAUUUACUUGUUCUGUUGAAUAAUCACGUCGCCUGAAUGUGAGUUGCUAGACAACUAGCAUUUACUAUAUUGCACAUAUUUUUUUCUGGAGGGGGGGAGUACAUCUUUAUUAUUUAUGUAAUGAUUUAGUGGAAUAUCUUGCUCAAACAUGGGUUUUUAUGAAAGUGUACAUGUUUAAUGAUUAGUUUGUGUAUUGUGUUGCUUUAAAAGUCACUUAUCACAUUCAGUAUUUGAAAUGUUAUUCCUACAACUCCAGAGAUUUUCUGUGGGUGUAGCAUGUGGACAUUGAAUGGAAUAUACAGUGCUUAUCGCAGUACAAAUGUGAACAUUUUUAGUGAGUGUAUGCUUUAUCAAGUAGGAGCAACCAGUUGGAAGAAGUGUAGAUAAUACUACUGAAAACAUUUCUUGAAACCACAUCACACAUUACAAACUGACUAAAAAGACAUGCAUGUGGUUCUGUGAACACAAAUGCAGGACUGUGACAGAAAUGUACUGACAUUUGUGUACGUCAAGAGGCUGUCAUUGCUCACUGUGGCAGGAGAGGAGGACACUGACUCAUGCGUUCAGGAAGAGGCAACAUCCACAUUCCUCACAGGAUACUUCAGGAAAAACAAACUGACUGAAAAUGGAUGGCUGGCAAUAAAAACUAGCAGGCGGCCAAGUGACUUCCUCUGCCUUGCAUUUAUGAGCAAUUAUUGGGAUUGAGCGUCAGAGCGGGGAGGAGCACAAAUGCUUUGUAUUGUGAACAUGAUUAAUAAAAGCAGACACUGCACGGCACAAAAUAAUGAACAACUGGAUUUGUCUGAAAGUAAAGAAUAUAAAUGUUUCAUUUGAAGUGCAAGUUGAAAACAAGAAGUUAUGAUCUGUAUAGCCUGAAGCUAUAAUAACUCCCAAAAUGCAAAUUGAGGGGACCCCCAGAAGCACAUGCUUUGCUAUUUAAUAUUUCAUACUUGUUAUACUCAUUUAACCAGUUAAUUGUUUUUGAGCCAACAUACCUGAAGCCCCUUUAAGAAUUCAUUGACAAUACUAUAUAAGUAUGUAAACGGGGUAAAUAUAGUCUUACAUGUCUAUUAAUGUUCAAAUUAUGUCUGAAUGUUUAUAUUUUAUUUCAAUGUUCUGGAAUUGUGAUUACAUUUCUUAUCAUCCCCAGAAAGUACCCAUUUAUUUGGAGACUGAAUUAAAAAAAAAAUCUAAUUCAAGACUUACAAUACAAGUAAUCUUUAUCGCUUCGAUAUAGCAAGUCAUGGAAAUGUUAGCGAAAUUAUGGAUUUGCGAUCAGUAAUCAUGCAUGUACAGUUUUAUUUGUCCAUCCAUUAUCUCAGCCACUUUUCCCCACAAGGGUCACGAUACGAAGACAAAAUUAUCAGUACACUUCCUUCCCAGACAGAUUGAAUCUGACAAAGUUUAACAAACACAAACUUACAGAAAUUUAACUAAUGAAAAUCAUACUUCACUUUUGUAACCCGGUUUUAAAAAAAAAAAAAAAAAAGGUACAAUACAGUGAAAGAAAAUCUGUUAAAAUACUGUUGAAUAUUCUAGUCAAUAGUUAAAUAACUUUCGAGCUAAAUAGCAAUCAAGUCAUGAUUUUCUUUAUAUGAGAAGGUGGAAUAUUGAUUGUUAUUAAGGUGUGCUGAAAUUAUUUUCCUUUGGAAGAAUUUAUAUUGAAAUGUAUUUCCGUUCAUUUGUGGACAAGAGGAAAUACCUUUGGGUUGUGAAUUUAUUGUAACCCGUCUAAAUGAAUGUAUUAAAUCUGAGGUGAAGUGACAUGUUUAGAGGGAGUGGAUUGAGAGAUUGCGAGAAAAAGAGGAGAAAGCAUAAAGGACUCGACGCAGAUGCAUGAGGAAAAGUAGGAAGUUAAAAAUGGACACUUGGCAUCUUUGACCAAAGGGUUUGACAAGGACUUCUUGAAACAUCAAUUGCAAUAGUGUGUCGUUUUGGGUGGACUACUCAAAGUAAGAUGUAAGUUGGUGGAGUUAGCUGGUGGAGGCUAAUCGGAAGCAAUGGACUUUGCUAUGAAGCUCAGCGACAAGCUAACUGAAAUUAAUGAGGCCUGUCUUUGGUGACGAAGAUACAGAGAACAACAGCAUGGCCGACUGGUAAAGACAUUGCCGACAACGUGCGAGUGGACAGGACCACUCAUCAUUCUUUGGGUGAAGUCAUAUUGCUUGGCUUUUGGAUUUUGGAAACCAAAGGUUGAAUUUUCAAUAUUUUAUCAUUAAAUGUUCAAACUUUUUAUAUAAAUAACCAGGUCUAUUCUUUGACUGUCACAUAUUCAUUUUAAAAGUAGUGAAUGUAUAUUUGAAGCUUGGCUGUCAAAACCAGAUAAUAUUGGGAUAAGUGAAAAUAUAGUUUCAGGGAUCUUUUUGAAAAUGAAUAAUUUCACAAGAGAAUCUUAGAGAUUUAGAAAUAGUUUAACAUAUACUAAAAGUAAGUACCAUUGAGUUAAUUGGUUAAAGAGUUUCCUAUUCUUGAUCAGGGAAAUAUGUGAAAAUGUGCAUUAUACUCGAGAAAUUCCUUUAAAUGUAAUAUUUUGCAGCCAGGACUAGAAUGCUCAAAGCAAACUAGUUCUGGUA